AUGUCGGAUUCAGACACCGAGAUGCCUUCAUACCCCGAAACCCCACCAACUAUCACACAAACUCACCCAGUCUCCCCCAAAACUCCACCCGCACCCAUCAACGACACCCCUUCUCCCACCUCAAGAAUCGGCAAACCUCUCAAAAAGCGUCCCGGCCGCGCUCGCCCUCAACGUCAACGAGCCGCCUCUUCAUCCUCCCACUCCCUCGGCGGACGCUUCGCCACACCUCCUCGUCACACCAGCCAUCAGGUCUCUCAAUCUGUCACUCCAAGCAGAAUCCAACGACGUCGCCCAGCUGUCAGUGGUCAUCAGCGCGCAGAGAGCUUUGAGCACUAUUUAUCAUCUACUCGACGCCUUACGCGACGUAAUCCAAGCAAUGAUGACAUUGCCAUGCUAGGAUUUGCGAAUGGCUUGCUUCCAUUCAGCGGAGAAUCGAUGGCGCCGACUCCUGGAAGCUUAUUGGAGGAAUCGCCUCCGCUGCGACGUCGUCAGACCGUGGAACGGCUGGAGCAGCGUGUUGAGGAUCUCCAGAUUGCACCGCAGGGAGAAGCUGGUGGCUCGCGAAACUCAAACUCUCAUCCUUCGUCGCUAGCUUCUCGCAGCGUCUUGUCGUCUUCUCAGGUCAACCCUUGGUAUCCUCGACGUGAAGAUCUCGACGAUACACCAGUUAUCUCAUUGGCUGGUGGAUCUGAUAGCUGA